CAAAAACACAACCAAAUAUCCAAAAUCACUAAACCAAUCCUCUUACAGGCAUAAAAAUGCAGGGAGCUUUGUGCAUCAAACCAACCGUUCUUCCACUUUCUUCUCCAAAGCUCACUCUUCUCCCUCCUCAGACCAUCUCCACCACCAAACCCUCAAGACUCUCUUCUCUCAGAUUCAGACCAAACUCAUCAUCUCCUUCAACCUCUGAUCCACUCACCGUAGACUACAACGACUCUCCCCUUUCUGUUUUCCCAGCUGAAGCGUGUGAAGUAAUCAGCGGUUACGCCUGUUCUGCUGACAUUUACCCUGAAGUCAAGCUUGAAACAAAGCCCGUCUCACCUCCCGUGGCUUCAGAGCCCGUAGACCGAGAAUACCUAGAGUAUAACAACCCCAAAACAGUUUUCCCCGCAGAGGCUUGUGAUGAUCUUGGAGGAGAGUUCUGCGAACCUGACUAUCAAAAAGAUGUUUACUAGAAAAGUUUUUAAUCUGAUGUGAAUAUGUGUUUGUUGUAUCUCUGUAACCACUCAUUAAUGUAACUUAAUCAAGAAUGAGUUUGUGAAUCA